UAUAUACGCCACCGACGAAGGAGGCGAGCACCAGCUCUCCUCUUUGGAAGGGGAUUUCGUGUUGUAUUUCUGGACGCCCAGCGAGCCCUGAUUUCGGCAAAUAUUUGAGACGGAUUCUUGCCCGGGAUCCACAUAUCCAGGCUCCUAGAUCUCGAUCGCCUGACGGAGCGACGGGUUCGGUCCUUUCUCGUGGGAAAAAACGACGGUUUUUGGCCAUUUGCGGAAGGGGAUCAGGUGGGCGAUCUGGAUUUAUCCGCCAUCGGAGCGGGAUUGAUGAAUGGUACCUAAAGAGCUAAAAAGCUGAAAUUUUCUUUGGCAAUUUUCGCUGGUUUCGAUUGUGGGAAUCGGUGUCUGAGCGAGAAAAUUAGAUCCUCCCGAGGCAUUGAUGGGUCGCGUGGGAGGGGAUUGGUGUUAGGUUCUUAUGUAUGGGGGGCAAAGCUCUGUGGCUCCCGAGGAUGUGCCGGUUGGAGAAGUCGAUGGGAUCUGAGUACGCCGGGGAGCGACAAGUGGGCCUGAAGGCCGGCGGCGGCGAGGUGAAGGUGGACAAGCUCAGGGGCUCGACGGUGUCGAGGUCUCGGAUGAAGCUUUGGAUGAUCCGGGUGACGACCACCGUGCUUCUGUGGACGUGCGUGGUCCAGCUCAUGGCACUGGGGGAGAUGUGGGGGCCGAGGGUUCUCAAGGGUUGGCCUUCUUGCUUCACCCCCUCCUAUUCGCCUGUUUCGGUGAAACCCUCUUCGGUCGUUGAGAAGAUCGCUCUUCCGCCCAAAAGAAUAUAUAAGAACAAUGGUUAUCUAAUGGUCUCAUGCAAUGGUGGGCUUAAUCAGAUGCGAGCUGCAAUUUGUGAUAUGGUUGCUAUUGCUAGAUACUUGAAUGUUACACUCAUUGUACCAGAGUUGGAUAAAACAUCAUUCUGGGCUGAUCCUAGUGAGUUUCAAGACAUAUUUGAUGUGGAUCACUUUAUUACCUCAUUGAGAGACGAGGUUCGGAUAUUGAAAGAACUACCCCCUAGGCUGAAAAAAAGGGCAGAGCUAGGAAUGGUAUAUUCUAUGCCACCUGUUAGUUGGUCUGAUAUUUCUUAUUACCAAAAGCAGAUUCUUCCUUUGAUACAGAAGCACAAGAUAGUGCAUUUGAAUAAAACUGAUGCCCGGCUUGCUAAUAAUGGCCUGCCUUUAGAGAUUCAGAAAUUGCGUUGUCGAGUAAAUUAUGCUGCUCUGAGAUUUACCUCUCAAAUUGAAGAGCUAGGUAGACGAGUGAUUAGAAUGCUGCGACAGAAUGGUCCGUUUCUGGUACUACAUUUACGAUAUGAAAUGGACAUGUUAGCUUUCUCAGGCUGUACUCAGGGUUGUACUGAAGAAGAGGCAGAUGAGUUGACAAGAAUGAGAUAUGCGUAUCCUUGGUGGAAAGAGAAAGUUAUCAACUCUGACCUGAAAAGGAAAGAUGGUCUCUGUCCUUUGACACCAGAGGAGACCGCUCUUGUUUUGAGGGCGUUGGAUUUUGAUCAGAGCAUCCCCAUAUACAUUGCAGCAGGAGAAAUAUAUGGUGGAAAAAGGAGAAUGGCUGCCCUUACGGCAGCCUAUCCAAAUGUGGUGAGAAAGGAAACGCUGUUGGAACCUUCGGAUCUUAGGUUUUUCCAGAACCACUCAUCACAGAUGGCAGCAUUAGAUUACUUGGUUUCUUUAGAGAGUGAUGUCUUUGUUCCUACUUAUGAUGGUAACAUGGCCAAGGUUGUCGAAGGUCAUCGCAGAUUCUUGGGCUUCAGGAAGACAAUCCUAUUGGAUCGCAAGCUCCUAGUUGAGCUGAUAGACCUGUACAGUAACGGUUCUUUGGGUUGGGAUGAGUUCUCCUCGUCAGUUAAGGCUACCCAUGUUAACCGGAUGGGAAAGCCUGCAAGGAGGGUUGUGAUUCCCAAUAGACCCAAGGAAGAGGACUACUUCUUCGCCAAUCCCCAAGAGUGCCUGCGUCAGCCUGAUGAGCGAUGGAGUUUGUGAAUUGUUGUCAUGAUACUAGCCCUACGUUGCUAUUCUUUCUCACAAAUGCAGUAAAUUUUCAUCCCUUCCAAAAGAGGUCCCCAUUGGAUCCAACCGAUUGAAGUGGAGAAGGAUUUGUUUCAGAGGAGGGGGUUAGAGGAGGUCGGCAUGCGUUGGAGUUGCUUUUCUGAUGCAGCUGCUAAAUACACAGUUAUAAGAUGAAAUAGCUUUAUUUAUAUUUGUCAAAUAAAAAGCUGAUUCUUGUAUAGAGGGUGAGAGAGACAGAUGGCCGGCCAAUUGCAGGGAAAUACCAGCUGCAUGUACAACACAGAUUGAGAAAAAGAGAAAUGUCAGUUACUUAUCUGGAUUCAGGGUGUUUUGGUGGAAGGUCAUUCGCACUCCGUCUCUGAGAAUUUUGUCAUUCAAGUCUCUCAGCUUUCUUUUCUCAGUCUCUUGUUUUGUGUUUUGGCUCCAAUCUAUAUUCCUCUUCAGGAGAAUUUUAAAUGUCUUCACAUCAUUCAUAAGCUGAUUCAAGUCUUGUUAAUUAAUUGUUUGUUGACUACCUUUCUAACA